GGUCAUGGUGUCGUCGGAGGAGGAUGGCUUACGUCAACGUCGCGGAAUGGAGUCCUGACCAAGUAUCAGAGUGGCUAAAGGGCUUGGAUGAUGUGAUACUUCCAUACAUCCAUUACUUUGUCAAUAAUCAAGUAGAUGGAAAAAGACUUCUCCAACUGAGCCAUGAUGAGCUACCUUCACUCCACGUCACCAAGAUCGGACACCAAGAGAUCAUUUUGCAAGGAGUGGAACUGCUAAGAAAUAUUCAUUACCACUUACACCAGGAGAAUGUACAGUACUUAGCUCUCCGCCUGAGUUCCAAAGCUCGCAGCAUCUACAAUGAGCUUCGUGCACUGUCUGCCUCAUCUAGAGGGGGUGGGGGGAGUGCAGGAGAGGAGGAGGAUGGGGAAGAAGAGGAGGAUGGGACAGGAGGGGACCGUGCUAGUGACAAAAAGAAGCAGGAGAGGGUUUCAACGGCUGUGAUUGCAGGCGUUGCUGAUGUUUUGUCAUCAGUCAAAGGAGUUGUGUCAUGGCUCAACAGGCAACCCUUUGAGGGUGUUGAACAGUAUGAUAGCCUAAAGAGCAACCUGGUGGAGCUGAGCAUCAGACUGGCCACUAUUGCGCAGCGUGACAUGUUUGCAGAAAAUCAGGCCACAGUCAUCCUCCAGUCGUGCCUCAAGCUGGCAAAUAUUUCUGAUAAGAUCAUACAGGAGUGCAAUGAUCCCCUUAUCAUCCAGCCAGCAUCCUUGGAUAUUGCCACAAUAAAGAAGAAAGCAGAUGAUGAAUGGGGAGUGAUGCUACAGUCAUCUUACCAUGGGGUCCACCAGGUAUCAGGGGUGCGUGCACUAAGCCCUGCACAUCAGUGUGGCAAGUUGCAGGAAGGGGAUGAGUUGGUGCAGGUCAGCUACCAGACAGUGGUUGGCUGGGCUCCCCACAAAGUGGCAGCAAUCAUGCAGGAGUGUCCUGUGGAGGUGAUUCUCACAGUGAAAAAGAGACCUUGUCAUUCAAAUACAGUGACACAGAUCUACUUCAAGCCGUUCCGUCUACCUAGUAAAAAGAGGACCUACUCCCCUUGGGCAACCUCAGUCAUGACAUCACCCAGGGAUGACCUCAAGAGCAUUCCCAACCUUCAACUCCCACCGUCUGUUGGCAAGUCUUUACAGCGCACAGAGUCCAAGGAGUCACGUCCGAGGUCCCUCACCCCGCCACCAGCAAACAACACUCCCCCACCACGACCUCUGUCCUCACUCAGCAAUGAUGCACGAAACACGACAUCGGAUAGCGAGGCAGAAGACUCUGAUCUGGAGGACGACCCAUUCUUCUCAGACAGUGAUGUUUGUGGCUCGUCCCCCAUCAGUGCGCGACUUUACCACCCCAAGCCACGGGCACCAGUCCAAAGGCGAGCAACUAUUCCCGGUGCAACAACAAGACCUUCCUUCAGCUUUGAUAAGCUACUGCAAGAUGUGAGAUGGCAGCGAGGUGGCCGCAGCCCUGACGGGCCAAUACCCUCUGACCCAGACCUUCGUGCAACAGCUGGGGUGGAACAGCGUGCUGCUCGCCCCCAUACAUGCAUUGGUACUGAGAAGAAAGAUAGGAUGACAGGAGGUAGUGAAGUGGCUGUGGUUAAGGAGGAAGGUGCAGAGGGAGAUGUAGGAUCUAUCAAGAAUGGUGCCCUGGAAACCUUUUCUACCAGUGAAGCCAGAGAGAGCUCCAGCCAGGAACAGUCAAAGGAGACUGGAGAGGAGAAGCGUGUUGUGAAUGUGAUUCCUCUGCCACCAAGGAAACCCACAGGACAGGGUAUCACUCCCACUGUAUUGGAGCCACACUCCCAGCAUGACCACGGCGGAGAUGGCAAAGCAGGUGGUGGGAAGGAGGCUGUAGCUGGGACCUCCCAGUCACCAGGGCAGAAGGCCAAGCCAGCCAGCCUUUCCUCACAGCUCAAAGUGCCUGACAAGACCUUGAAAGCUGGCCAGGAACUCAAACUGGACAUUUCGACUAGACAGAGGAGAGUAUCAGAAGAUAGGCCUAAGCUUGACAAAAGCCACAGCACACCAGCUUAUGAUAUGGAGGAGGAGAACACUUUGCAAGGGGUAGCUUCACCUGCACUCACACCACUUGAGAAGUCUCCAGCAAACCAGGCUUCAUCACCCAGAUUCUUCAAUACAGACUCAAAAUCAGCAUUUGCAGUUAGUGGAGGCGACACACCCCCUCGGGUUUCCCGUGAUGGGCAGUCCAAGGGGCAAUCUAGCCAAGCCUUGCGGGGGUCGCAGCCCAAGCCUACUACAAUCAUAUCCUCCGCAACCACAAAUAUAGGUGAUGGGUCCACACAACAUUACAAGUCGCAGGUUAUCUUCCCCAUGAGUGCAGCCUCACAUAGCACUGCACAAUCCACCACCCAUGGUGUAGGCCGUCCAGAAGGUACCAGCGGAGAUGACAAGCGUGGCGGUAAUGAUGCUGAUGGUGGUAGGAAGCCAGCCUGUGGCAGUGGUACAGGGGGAGCUGGUGGUGGUGGCGACCCUUGGAAUGAAGCGAGAGGUAGUGGUAGUGCGGGUACUGGUGGAGGUGGCGGGAUAGAGAGGCAGCAAGAGGUGAGGGCAGGAGCCUUGGCUAACCUGAGCCCAGCCGUUGUGCUUAGGGAGACACGGAGUAGUUCACCCUCGGUCUGGCGUCGAGGAAUCUUAGUGGCAGAUCAGGGAAGUCGCCGCAUCUCAUGUCGAGAGCUAGGCCAGGGUGACCACCAAGGAUGGCUUCUCCGCCGCAGAGAUAAUAAGGGCUUUCUCCUCCCGCACCGCUGGGAACGCCGGUGGUUCAUCCUGAAGAAAAACUACCUUUAUGGCUACCGUGACAGGGAAGCUGUUAGAGCUGACUCCCUCAUCUACCUCCCUGGUUUUCAUGUGUGUCCUGCACCUGAUGUCAAGUCCAAGAAACUUGCUUUCAAGAUCUAUCACUCAAGUGGAGCAACAUUCUACUUUGCCUGUGAAACAGCAGAAGAACGCAGCCGCUGGAUGAGCCAGAUGGGGCUAUCGGCCAUUUCCUCAGGGUCUCAAGGCCGCCAUCAGCACCAUGCUCACCAGCCGAAUGCAGGUGAUGAUGUAUAUUAUAGUGAGACAGAUGAAGAAAUGGAAGAGCGAGCUUCCCCUUCACGGCGGUCCCCACAGUCACCACAGUCGAGAAUAUCCCCAACCAAAGAGUUGAGCAGCUCCCUUUGGCGGGGGGGUUCAGCCAGUCCGGCCCGAGGGCCCCAUGUGCGCUCUCAGCCCCUCAGCUCCAUCACCUCCACACUCGGCUCAGCUAAAGGCCAGGGACUCAAGUUCCUGCAGUCAUCACGUGAUACACUCAACCAACCUGUGCCUACUGCAUCUUAUAGGAGCUACAGACGAGUGAGUGAAAGUGGCAACAGGAGCACUUCGACGGGUGACCUCCGUGGCGGUGCCCGGACAGAGCUGUCAGGGACACCACAGGGUGAUACUUCAAGUGUGGCAGAUGCCAGUACUGCCCGCAGGGUCACCCGCAAGAACAGCCUACGUGACCGCUUGCGGCAGCUGCCAGCAUCUCUGACUUUGGAGCGACGCCGGCAAGUUACAAGCAGAAAUGGUCAGCCUGCACAACAACAACAACACCAACAACAGUACCAAAACCAUCAAAAUCAACAGCAACAGCCAAAGCCAAAAAUCCUACCCAAGCCCAAGGACAGCAGAGAGGACGUGGAGUAUGAAGUGAUGCAUCCACCUGAGGGAGUGCUGAAAAAGGCAAGUCUCUCCAUGGGGCAGGAGGCUGGCCAAGAUGUAUACGUUUCCAUUGUGGAGCAGCGAGUGCAGGACGUAAAUGCUGCAUCAACAGAAGCAACACAACGCCAGUACCCACACUAUAUGCUGCCUACACGUGCCAGUAGCCACCACAUGCCAGCCAGGCCCUCCUCAGUAGACCUAGAUACACGUGCCAGCCCAAGCAGAAGCCCCAGCAGAAGUGGCAAUGGACGCUGGAGUGGCACACCACCCCCAAGUGGUCGUUCCAGCCCUUCCAAGCUGGACUUGAGUGGCAGGCGAGGCAGUGUUGGAGGGGAGUCCCCCUUACGACCCAAAUCACCAAGAAGAGGCUCCCUGGAUUGCCUGGCCUCUUCUCGACCAAGAGCUCUCUCCCCACCUAUAUCUCCACUACACACACCCACACGAAGCUCACAUGGGUCAACCAGCAGUUUACUGGCCUCAGAAGAAUACCGUGAAGGCUCUCCAGAAAAACUUUGGAUCAGCUCACUACGGUCUGAUCACUCCAGACAGAAACUAAUAUGCCGUGCAUCCCCAGAGAAAAAAGAUGGGAGAACCCGCUCUGGCUCAGGAGAAGCUCCAGCCUCAGACCGCCUGAAACAGACUGCACUCUACCAUCCCCUUCAGAUGCGCAACAGGGUGGACCCUAUGAAAGCUACUUUUGAGUUGAGCUUAGAUCCUCACACAUCACAGAUUUACACCAGCGACUUGACAAAUUUGACCGAGUCCGUCCCCACAGGUAGUAAGCCUCAUAUCCUUGGAGAAGGUAAUGAAGCAAAGGUCACAGUUGUGUCUCCAAAGAGACAACCAAGGGAACCCCUAAGGAUGCAGUCCACCCCUCGCCCAGAGGUACCACCCAGGACCAAGUUUCUGUCACCCAGUGAGCGCACUCUCCCCUCUGGUACAGUUCUCUCUACCAGUGCCUCUACACUGCCUCCACCAUCAUCUUCUGGUCUCAGUGGCUCAUCCUCCACGAGGUCAACAUCUUCACUGCCAAGCUACCCCUCCCCUCAGAUCUUGGCAUCACCUGAGAGACAGAGUCUUGGACAGUUGGGGCUGAGCCUUGGGGCAGGCCAGGCAAGGACUUCCAAGCAAGUUCCAAACCUCACCAUUCGCACACAUAGUGAAGAGAGUGAUGCACUCAGAACACCUCUCAAGCCUGCUAUGGGAGUCUCCAUGAUAGGCAAACAACGCAGAACUCCGGGCAUCUUGUCACCCCGUGACGUUUUUUUCUCCUCACCCCCAUCCUCGCCAACAACCCCCUUCUCCCCCAGUAUUCCACCACUAAUGUGUGCAUCAUCUAGCACCAGUACUGGCACACAAGCCAUACCAAUCACAGCUCACCAGUACAGCUCACUUAUGAAGGCAAAGACAGGCAAAUUGCGGCAGCAGAAGAUCCUUCCACACUACCCAGGCAUGGAAUACCCACCAGUCUUUGAACCAGGCUCCUAUUCACUGUGUGGCAGUCCCCCAGAGCCACCUAUUUACCAGGUCCCAGGAACGCCUACAACUGUUGUUCCAGAACAUCAGGCUGUGAAUGUGAAUGUGGCUGGUGGGACUUACCUACCGGAGAUGGAAUCCUCAGAUGGAAGUGAAGGAUCUCAUACUCUGCUAACUGAGAAUCGGGAAGCAAAGACUCAGUUAAAUAUAUAUGUGCCCAGUUUUGUAAGUUCAGGGAAUGAGUCAAGUUCACAUCCAAAUCUGGCAAUAUCUUCUACAUCAGGUACAAGAUCCCACCAAAACUUGUAUGUAAGUUCACCCUCUGUGUUAAGGUCACAUCAGAACUUGUAUGUUACUUCACCAUCAGGAUCCGUAAGUCACCAAAAUGUGUAUGUAAGUGCUCCUUCUCGGUCCAGUGUUCAGCAGGGUAAUGAAGUUACUGUGCCACACAGGCCAGUUACUAUAGGCUUCUCUGGCCCUGGCUGCAGUUCCUACCAGAAUGUGUUUGUGACGAGUGUUAGUGGGUCUGGAGUAAGCAAGGAGAGGCAAAAGUUAGUGAGUAGUGUUAAUCUCACAGAAGAAGAGGAUGCUGUGGCAGUACUGAGGGUAGCCAAUUCUCCGUCAAGGCCACAAGGCCCACCUAGACUGCUGCUUCCUGGACCUCCAGAGACACCUCCAAGUGACAAUGAAGCAGACCUGACAACCUCUUCCACACAGACAGAAGCUUAGGUGUAGAGUGACUCAAGUGCUUGUUCACUAUAAACCAUAGGUGCAUCUUACUCCGGGUGUUGAUUUGAAUGGUGCUGCAAUGGUGAUUGACCAAAUCAUCUGUGAUGGAAGAACCUAUUAGUGUUUAUGGCCAGAAUUGCAUUUUCUGGUCAGCAACCCUCCUAUGGAAUGGCUUUAACAGUCUCGGGCUUUCAUAGUUGUUAGGUAGUAAGGUUUUGUUUUUUUGCAUCUAGAUUGUCCCUGCAUGUGCUGACACAACCAAUACUUUUCAUGUGAUGAAAAGUUGUUCAAAGAAGGGAAAACCUACUGUGAUCAUGAUUUUUCUUAAGUUGUACAGUGAAAUGUAAUGUAAAUGUUUGAUUGUACAGGUACUUCUGUUUAUUUCUCUGAAGAUGGCAUUACACAGAAUUCUAUAUAGGAAAGGAGCUGCUGAAAGAGGCCCAGCACCAGGCCGUGAUAGUCUGUGCCUUAUUGGAAUAAAUUUUGGAGAGUGUUACUAGGUAGGAAGUUCUCUGAAAGAGUCUAAGUUGUUCAUAGUGUAUAGGAUAUGGAUAUAAAGGAAAAUAAUUGUAAAACCUGUGUGUGUGAGUGAGUAAGUGAGUGGGUGAGUGAGUGAGUGAGUGCGCACGCGCAUGCGUGUGUGUAUGCGUGCACAUGUCCUUUUUUUCCCAUGCACGAACAUGUAAAAAGUACACAUGUAAACCAUCUGUAUAUAUUGCAUACAUGUGUAUACGUGCAAAUGUAUACUCAGAUAUACAGGCUUGGGUAUGUAUAUUGUUUGUAUGUCAUUUUAUUUUGGUUACGAGGUGUUCAAAACUCUACAGCAAUAAUUAAGGUGUUUAUUUCUGCACAAGAAAAAUAUUACUGUAUGCUUAUUCAAUGUCUGAGAUGAAAAGCUUGAAUAUGUAUUCAACUUUGAAAUGUUUGGAAUGCGCUGAGUGAUGCAUAAAACCUUUUGUAACAUGUAGCUCAGUGCAGUAAUAUUAAAAAAAAACAAGUUGCUGAAAGCACAAAAAAUAUAAAUGUUUAAACUUAUAUUUUGGAGUCAUAAAGAAAAGUUAUUUGAUUUUCUGAUGUAGUUAGGAUAUAUUAUGGUAAAAAAAAAAAUCUGUCAUCUCACUUUACAGAUUUAUUUCAUUUUUUUCUGGAAAUUAAAGAUAUAAAGAUUAUUCUCAUUGUAAAGAAGAAACAAGGAUUAUAAAUUGUUAU